UUCAGCUUUGAAAGCAUUGCAGCUGCCACUGAUAGUUUCUCAAUCACAAAUAAGCUAGGAGAGGGUGGCUUUGGACCAGUGUAUAAGGUAAACUUUGUGCACUCCUCAGCUUAAAAUGAUUUGAGAAAUCACUCAUUGGCAAUAUUUCAGGGAAGAUUACCUGAUGGACAAGAGAUAGCAAUAAAAAGACUUUCAAGAGGUUCAGGUCAAGGACUGGGGGAGUUCAGAAAUGAAAUUCUUCUAAUUUCCAAACUCCAACACACUAAUCUUGUUAGGCUAUUAGGAUGCUGCAUUAAAGAGGAUGAGAAAAUUUUAGUAUAUGAAUUCAUGCCCAACAAGAGCUUGGAUUUCUUCCUCUUCGAUCCUACAAGAAGAAAACUACUGAGAUGGACAAACCGCUUCAACAUCAUUGAAGGAAUUGCUCAAGGGGUACUUUACCUCCACAAAUAUUCGAGACUGAGAGUUAUUCAUAGAGAUUUGAAAGCCAGCAACAUCUUAUUAGAUGACAAUAUGAACCCAAAAAUAUCAGAUUUUGGCUUGGCAAGAAUAUUUGGGGUUAGUGAAUCAGAAGCAAACACAAACAGAAUCGUGGGCACACUUGGCUACAUGUCUCCGGAGUAUAUCCUUCAAGGCGUUGUUUCAAUGAAGAUUGAUGUAUUCAGCUUUGGAGUUUUACUGUUAGAGAUUGUGAGCAGCAAGAAGAACAAUAGAUGCUAUCAUUCAGAUUAUCCACUCAACCUCGUAGGAUAUGUAAGUUUGUCACUGAAAUUCAAUCUUUGUCUGUCAGUUCGUCAUCAGGAAGCAUUGAUUCACAUAAGGUAGCUAACAUUGCAAACUAUGAAACUUUCUUGUAUCAGGCAUGGGAACUGUGGCAAGAAGGUAAAGUCUUAGAGAUAAUGGACCUAACAUUAGAUGAAUCUUGCGAUCGUAAUGAAGUAAUGAGGUGCAUACAUGUGGGUCUCUUGUGCGUACAA